CUUGGGAAGCGGCGGCGGCGACGGCGACGACGACGACCGGGUUUUUGUUUUUCCCGAUGUACAAACGGAAAACAUUAUUUUGUUGAUCGAAAUCCGGUGCGCAUGCGCCGCGGCAACAACGCGCCGCGGCCGGCAGUUGUUCACUAAACAUUGUUUUAUAACGUGAACUAAACCCAAGGCCGGUGCAGUUUGCCAUCAACCAUCGAAACGCGCGCCCGUUUCCGCCGCCGAUUGCUCUGCUACUGUGCUCCUCUUGCAUCUUCUUCUUCGCUGUCCGUCGGCUGGCACAAUAAUAUUAUAUUAUUAUUUUCACAAUAAUAAUUAUUGUUAUAAUUAUUUAAAAUCUCCCGCCGUCGAUAAAACUAUUAUUAUUGUUGCUUGGUUUGUCUGGUGUUUGUUAUUUUUUGACACCGUCGACCGACCCCGCAUGCGUGCCUCUCGACUGCGUGUCUCCACCACUCGAACAGUCCGAAAUUCGAAACGAAAGCCCAACGGUUUUCCACUCUCGUCCGUCGCGCGUCGAGCGAGGUCGUGGAACUUCGGUGGUUGUGGUGGUGGUCCGCGUACCCUGUUCCGGGGCGGCUAUGGAGUGGUACCGGGAGCAGACCAUCCAGCUGAUCGACUUGUUCCGGAACCGUCCGGCCCUGUGGGACACCAGUUCUGUGCACUACCGCAACAAACGCAUGAAGAAUGAGUCCCUGGAGCAGAUCAGCACCAAGCUCAAGUGUCCCAAGGAGGAGAUCGCCAAGAAGAUAUGCACGUUGCGCGUGCAGUUCAGCCGGGAGAACGUCAAGGUGAAACGGGCCCGGGAAUCCGGUGGCGCCGCUUACAUCCCCAAGUGGUUCGGCUACCAGCUGCUGUGUUUUCUGAACGAUCAGUCCCGGUACACGUCGCUGCCGAUCAACAACUGUUCGUCGGGCGCCGCCACUGCUCCGGGGGCGUCCGGAGGAGCCAUGUCAGGCGGCGGCAUGGUCGCGCAAAACCAUGUGGAUGCAGAAAAUCAACAUUUCAAUUGGAGUCAAACAUCUGAGGACAGUUAUGCAGAAGCAAAUGACACAAAUGCAAGUGGCUAUGAGGCGGACAGUGUGCUGGCUUCAAUGAUGCACGAGUCCAUGGACGACUACCACAACCAGGAACCUAUUGUGGACGUCCAGGAACCACAAACGUGGUCAUCGUGUAGAAAAUACCGAGGUAUGCAGCCAGUAACAGGUGGAGACUAUUCAGAUGAUGAUGGCGGAGGCUACAGUAACAGAAAAAUGAUGCGAAUGUCUAGGCCUGAUGCACCAUCCGACGAGUUCAAUACAUUCUCAGACUAUGUGGCUGAACGGAUGCGUAACCUUAAAGCCGACAAAGCUUUACAACUAAUGGCCCGACGAGACAUUGAACAAGUGUUGUUUAAGUAUGAAAUGAAGUUGUUGGAGCAGAAGAGAGAUUCACAACAACACCAUCAACCUGACACUGAGGCGGCAACUACGUCAAAGUCCAUUUCACCAUCACCUGUCAGUGAUCUGGAACAACAGUAGGCCUUAAUUAUAUUGUGCUAUCUACGACAGCGUGUACUAGGUGAUUACAACUAGUCGUUCAGGACCAGCAUCCAUUUCUGUACAUUGUUUAAAAUAAUAUUAAUAUUGAAUAAUGCUACAGGGAGAACUGUUAAUGCUCACGUUAACCCUGAAGUUAUACAUAUUAUAUUUUAGACAUUUGUAUACAGCCAACAAAUUUUGUUUAUAUUACUAUGUAAACUUAAAGACAAUUUAUAUGCAUAAUAUUGAUUCCUA